GAAUCUUAUCACCAUCACUGGAGGGAAGGAAAUCUCUCCUCCAGUGCACGCUGUGAUGUCUGUAAGAAGUCAUGUGGCUCUUCAGAAGUGUUAUCAGGCAUUAGAUGUGAAUGGUGUGGGACAACAGUUCAUGCUGACUGCUACAGUAGCCUCACACCAGAAUGCAAUUUUGGAAGGUUGCAGAACAUGAUAUUGCCUCCAAAUUGUGUGCGUGUUUGUGUGCGCAAUUUCAGCAAGUUUCACUGUUUUCGGAUAUCAGAAAAUGCACAAGUUGAAUCAGUUGCUGACGAAGCUGAUGAUGAUAACGUCAAUACAUGGAAUCAAGUAUCAUAUAAAGAUGCACAGCCUGCCUCCACGACUGAUUCAG